AUGAAAACAAAGUAUCUAUUUCAGUCUGCAGACUGUACUAGAUAUCUGCAGAAAAGGGCCAAUACAAUAAAGAAAAUGACUCAAACCAAUAGCCCUGUUAAGGUCAACAGUAAGGAAGUUGCGCAAGAACUUCUAGACCAAUAUGACACCUUUCUGUUUGACUGUGAUGGUGUUUUAUGGUUAGGAUCGCAUUUGUUGCCUCACAUUAACGAAACUCUGGAGAUGCUAUUAUCGCGCGGCAAGAAGCUGUACUUUGUCACCAACAACUCCACCAAAUCCCGGGCUGCCUACACUAAAAAGUUUGCCUCUUAUGGCAUCAAAGUCACUGAAGACCAAAUCUUCACCUCUGGAUACGCGUCCGCGUUGUAUGUUCGCGACACGUUGAAGCUUACCCCCGGAAAAGACAAAGUCUGGGUCUUUGGCGAGGCCGGCAUAACCGAGGAACUGAAACUCAUGGGAAUCGAAUCUUUGGGAUGCAAUGAUCCAAGACUUGAUGAACCCUUUGAUAUCUCUAGUUCGCCCUUUCUCAAGAACGGCCUUGACCCUGAUGUGAAGUGCGUCAUUGCGGGCCUGGACACCAAAAUCAACUACCACCGCUUAGCUGUGACUUUGCAAUACUUGCAGCAGCCUGACGUCAAGUUUGUCGCCACCAACAUCGACUCCACAUACCCCAGCAAGGGCCACAUUUUGCCUGGUGCGGGCUCCAUGAUUGAAUGCGUGGCUUUCUCCUCGGGGAGGGAACCUGCGGCAUGUGGAAAACCCAACCCUAACAUGCUAAAUGCUAUUGUCAGCUCGAAGAAGAUAGAUAGAUCCAAGUGCUGCAUGGUCGGUGACAGGCUCAACACUGAUAUGAGAUUUGGCAUCGAAGGGAAGCUGGGGGGCACUUUAUUGGUUUUGACUGGUAUCGAGACUGAGGAGAAGGCUUUAGACUCGACCGGUGACCAUCCUUUACCAAAGUACUACGCUGAGAAGCUGGGAGACCUAUAUGAACUGACCAAAUAG